CCCCCCCACGAUUUCACACCAAUGAGCAUGCCGCGUGUAGCUCCCACUCUGGUAUCAAAAACACUAGAUAUCUUCAGUUCCGAGCUGUACAGAUUUAUACAAAUACACACCAGCACUGGCUAGACGGAGCCUGCUUUCUGCCAAAACACACGUUGGGGAUAAGCAGUGGUAAAUAAGAAGGGGAGAACGAGUGUAGCAUCUCUCGCACACAGCAGACUCAAGCAGGAUCAGUACCAUGAAGACCAGACUAGGCUGCCUGUCCAAGAAAUCGGACUCCUACAGCGACUUCUCCGAGUUUCUCCCUCCUGCCCACGAAACCACCACCAGGUGUCUGAAAGUAUCAACGGAUGAGGUAGUUCGAUGGUCAGAAUCGUUUCAUCAUCUCCUCUCUCACAAAUUUGGCCUGGCAGCCUUUCGGACAUAUCUCAAGACGGAGUUCAGUGACGAGAAUAUCGAGUUUUGGAUGGCCUGCGAGGAGUACAAAAAAAUCAAAAGCUCCACCAAGCUUGUGUCAAAAGCAAACAAAAUCUUUCAAGAGUUCAUUGAUAUUCAGGCGCCCAGAGAGGUAAACAUUGACUACCGCACUAGGGAAAAGACCAAGCAGAGCCUGGAGGAUCCAUCCCCAACAAGCCUCAAUGAAGUCCAAGCUAAAGUCUACGGUCUCAUGGAGAAAGACUCGUACCCACGAUUCCUCAGGUCCAAGAUGUACGAGGACAUAGUCAAAAGGGCGCAAGAACAAGGCCAGCGGAGGUCUGUUUGACUGAAUUUGAUGAAGACCACAGCCGACACCAAACUGGACCUACACUGUAAAUCACUGAGUAAUCCUUUUGACAUCAUCUCUGAAUACUGUGACUCUGCAAGGAUGGUGCGACAUGCUUGACUGUUUCCUUUUGUCUACACCAGCUCCAUGCAUGCAAUCCCUGUAGAAAAGACGUGUCUUGGUGGACUGCACUGUACAGUAUAGAGAAGAUUUGAUGAGAAUAAGCUAAUUGUUUUAACUCUACUCAGUGCUGGGCGAUAUGUUUUAAAAUAUUGUCACAACAAAGAAUUACCACAUCG